AUGGCAGUCACUAACGGCUCUCUGCAACAAACCCAUCAUCAACCAAACCCUGCUUUUCAAUAUCUCUUCCAGCCUCAUUCUCUCCCAGAACCCAAAACCAGAUCAAGAGCCAGUCGAUUCCCUCUGCCGCUCAUCACAGAUAACUAUGAGAGGACCGAGAUACAAAGCCUAGGAGGAGCUCAGAGAAUCAAAGCUGCGAAGGAAGUAUCUGAGGCCAGAAGAGGCUAA